AAACGGUUUGCAGUGGUGGGCGCAGAGUGUGGGUCGUCGUCGUCGUCGUCUUCGUCGUCGCUCAAGCCUCCGGCACUCAGCAGAAUCACCGAAGCACAUCCAAACAUGGCAGUUUUCCCCUUAGAAUCUUCUCCAUUAGGGUUUCAUGCUUGCUUCCUUGGGUUCCUCAGCUCGCCGAUCGCAACGUAAUCCUCUUCCAUUUCACCAAUUUCCUUCUCUUGCUCUUUAUGAGUGCCUGAGUGAUCGUCACGAGUCGUUCAUCAAUCACAGCCGUGGCUCAUCCGCUGAGGGAUGGCCGAGGAAGAGGUGAAGACAUUAUUUUUGUCAGGUCUUCCUGAUGACAUAAAGGAGCGGGAGAUAUACAACCUCUUUCGCAACUUUGAGGGUUAUGAGUCCUGUCAACUGAAAUUCUCCGGACGUGGAUUUCAGAUAGUGGCAUUUGCAGUUUUCACAGACCAGGCAACAGCUUUAAAAGCAAAGGAAGAACUCAAUGGGCUCAAGUUUGACCCGCAGACAGGAGCGGUGCUGCAUAUUGAGCUCGCUCGCGCUAACUCUCGCACCAAGCGGUCACGUUCAGAGGAUGGAGCUACAGUUGCUGAAAAGCGCACAAGAGGGCCUCUUGGAGUAGUUGGGACAUUCGCUGAGCCAGGGGUUGGAGCCACUUUGCACAUGCCUGGGCUGCAUCCCUCCAUAUUCAACGACAUGCCUGGAUUCCCCCCUCCACCGAGGGUCGUCAGCACAAACCAUUGGCACAGGACUGACGCCUUAAUUAGUGGCGGUGGCAUGAUGGCUCCUCCAUUCAACGGCCAAGAAGGUAUAUCAGGGCACAUGAUGGGCAUGGUUCCCCUACCUCCUCCAGCACCUGGGAGCAAUCCCCCAUGCUCUACCCUGUUUAUUGCAAACCUGGGCCCUUCAUGCACUGAGGAGGAGCUAUCGCAACUACUAUCCAGAUACCCUGGAUUUUCAAAACUGAAAUAUCAAAUGAAAGCUGGUCAACCAGUAGCUUUUGUUGAAUUUCAAGAUAUCCGAUGUUCCACUCAAGCACUUUCGGCGCUGCAAAAUAGCAAGCAUCUUCCCGCGGUUGACAGAGGAGGAAUGCGGGUUGAGUAUGCUAAAGCAAAGAUGGGUCAGCCCCGAAGAGACCGAGUGCAUCCGUGAGCUGGGGGCAUAUGAAUCAACCAUUUCAUGGACUCAUUACUAGGCAUAGAACCUGUGUCCUCACUGCAAACGCUUACCAAUUUACAGACAGAAAUUACCAAAAAGCCAGGUGAUACAGUUCUGUACAUUUCGCUAAAUGUUAAGCCUAUUAUCGUAUUUACCUCCGUUAGGUUACUAGUAGUGGUUUUUUCGCGGGGCUUGAGACUGCCUUGGGGCCUCCUUGGCUAGAGACUGUCUUGGGGUCGAAACCUCUUUCUUACAGCUUGUCUGAAGACCACCAAAUUGGUGGUGUGCUCAAUCCUGUCUUUUGAUGCUCCAUAGUUACUCAGUACUCAAGAAAUGUGACUAUCCUGCUAUUGGCACCCUACUCGAUGAAAUUGGUUGUUGUAGUGGCUAACUU